AAUUCAGGAAGUGACGUAGUCCAAGUAAACAGAAACGGUAGAGACUAGCCACAGUCGUUCACUGUCAACCAGCGGAUAAUCAAGUGCCCAGUCGUCUGGUUAUUCCGUUCAUUAUGUCCAUGUUACUACCGGGCAGAGCUACUAUGACCUUUUCUGUGUUGUCUGUUGUUGGGCUGCUGCUUGUUAGCUUUGCUAGCCAGGGCAAAUGCCAAACAACUGCACCGCCACCACCCCCAUGUUCCAUCAACAAGAACUGUGACAGCUGCGUUCCUCAUGCUAAGUGUCUCUGGUGUUUUGCCACCAACAACUGCACAGAUUACCCCGUGACCUGGCUGUUGCCCCCAGCAUCGCUGUGCCCGCUGUCCCAGGCCCGGUGGGGGGUGUGCUGGUUGAACUUUGAAGCGCUGAUCAUCGCCCUGGCAGUGGUGGCCGGAACCAUCCUGAUCAGCAUCAGCAUCUGCUGCUGCUGCUGCUGCUGCAGGAGCCGAAACUCAAGGCCUGACAGAGAAGAGGAGAGAUUUGCCAGGAGGAGAGAGGAGAUCAGACAGCGCGCUGAGGAACGGAAAGUGGAGAGACAGUCAAGACACGAUGAGAUCCGGAGAAAGUAUGGCCUCAUGGGGGACUCGGACCACCCAUACAGCAAGUUUGAGAACGAGUGAAGCAGCUGAGCUGGAGGACUGAGCUGCUCUCAUGUUUUCACUUUUCACUUAAAUCUCUGCCUUUUUGUCUCCUGAUGCUAACUCUGCAGACCACAGCUGGACACACUCCCCCAGAUCCAGGCCCAGCCUCCACUUCCUCUUGUUAAUCA